AAACUUCAAGAGGCGGUAUAUAAAGCAGUGAGAGCUCACCGUGCUGAAACCAAACAGACAAAUCCAAGGCUACGCUACGAGUAGUAGACACAGCAAGAACUCCCGACUCUCACUGAAGAUGUUGAGCCACGAAUUCCAGCCCUCCCUCAGCCCCUUUGUGGACUUCUACUGGCCCGUCCGCAGUAUCUGGCCUCAGGUCAGACCUCUGGACAUUCACACAGAUCUUAUGCUGAGAAACAUGGAAGGUAUGCCAAACAGUCUGGAGCUCCUAAAGAAACUUCAGCACCACAUCUUCCAGGACAUUGACCAAAUCCCAGCUUCAGAGGAGCUUCAUCCACUUCCUUGCAACCUUGAGAAGAAGGGAGAUGGUUUUGCUCUGACGCUGGACACUAAAGAUUUUUCUCCUGAAGAGCUGUCAGUCAAACAGGUGGGCAACAAGCUACAAGUGAGCGGCAAAUCUGAGAAGAGACACGAAGAUGGAAAAGGCUCCUACUCCUACAGGGUCCAGGCCUUCAGGAGGGAGUUUGAUCUCCCAGAAGGGGUGACUCCUGAUGCUGUGACCUGCAGUUUAGCAGAGGGAAAGCUUCACAUUGAAGCACCAGGAAAACAGACGCCUUCCAUCUCUGAGAGGGUAGUGCCCAUCAACUGCAAAACAGCGGAUUCCACAGAACAGUUGGAGAAGAUGACAAAAGAGGACAAUGCCACAGGUCGGGAGAAAAUCCAACAGUAAACACACUGCUGAAAAAGGAGACUAUUCCUCUUUGAAGA